CUGUCAAACAGUGAGUUUUGUGUAUACUCAUCGCAUUUGGGUUUAUGCUGUUUCAUCUUCUAUUCUGGCACUGUUUUGUGGAUAACAACCGGGAAAUAUAAAAUAAUUGCGUGAAUCAGUAAUUUUACAGCAGAAUGAGUUCAAUUGGUACUGGUUACGAUUUAUCUGCGUCACAAUUUUCGCCCGACGGUAGGGUUUUUCAAAUCGAAUAUGCGGCAAAAUCCGUCGAAAACAGCGGCACAGUGAUUGGCCUUCGCGGGAAGGAUGGCGUUGUGCUUGCUGUAGAAAAACUUAUCACAAGUAAGCUCUAUGAACCGGAUUCCGGUACCCGAAUCUUCACAAUUGAUAUGUCGAUUGGAAUGGCCAUCAGUGGAAUGAUCGCCGAUGGGCGCGCGAUUGUGGACAUUGCCCGUCAGGAGGCCGCCAACUAUAGACAGCAGAACAACAGGCCAAUUCCGCUGAAGCAAUUGAACGAUCGUUUAUCCAGUUAUUUCCACGCUUACACAUUGUACAGUGCGGUGCGUCCGUUUGGUGUGAGCGUUGUUCUUGCAACGUGGACGGAAGACAACGGUCCCGAGAUGUACAUGAUUGAUCCAUCCGGUGUCUCGUGUGGUUACUUUGGAUGCGCCGUUGGUAAGGCAAAGCAGACAGCCAAGACUGAAAUCGAGAAGCUUAAACUAGCUGAUAUGUCCGUCAAGGAUCUGAUCACCACCGCUGGCAAAAUUAUUUAUCAAGUGCACGACGAGCUCAAAGAUAAGGAUUUCAAGCUUGAGCUCAGUUGGGUGUGUCAAGGGUCGAACGGACGCCACCAGAUGGUUCCCGAUGAGUUAUACAUUGCAGCGACCCGUGCCGGACAAGAAGCAGUCAAUGAGGAUGACAGUGAUAAUGAUAUCUAAACAUGGAAGAGUAUUUUUGGGAAAAUGGAGCAAAUUGCUUUCUGUUUGAGUUCAUUCAAAUAAACGCUUGGAUAAGUAACAUUAUAUAAAAUA